UUCACAGCCACAUUAUGGUCGUAAGUAAUUUGAAAUCUUCAACAAACGCUCACAAAUUAGGGUUGCACUGAGGGGGCCAAAUGGCGGUUCUCAGAACGUCAACAAGCGUGAUUCUCAGGGGAAUCUUUCAUCGUCCUCUGAUUUCCAUAUCACGAUUCAGUGGGACCCUCGGAAACACGCGGCGUGGAGUCAGCUUGGGCCGUAUCCGAUGUGCCGCGUCGGAGUCCGGUGACGGAAGGAAGGUGUCGUCUCGGCUCUCGCAGGUUCAGCAGCUCUUGCAAGAAGCCGAGGAGCGCGCUCUCUCUGCUGACAACCAGCCCGCCCCUAAAAUCACGCUCGACCAUGUAAUUGUCAAUUUUGCAAGAAGCGGUGGACCUGGAGGUCAAAAUGUCAACAAAGUGAACACCAAGGUGGACAUGCGCUUCAAUGUUAAAGAUGCAUAUUGGCUAAGUGACAGAAUAAGGGAGAAGAUUAUACAGAUGGAGAAAAAUCGAAUCAACAAGGAUGGAGAGCUUGUGAUUUCUUCAACAAAGACUAGAACACAGAAGGGUAACAUUGAAGAUGCUUUGGCAAAACUUCAGGCAAUAAUUGAUGCUGCAUCUUAUGUUCCUCCGCCUCCUUCAGAAGCGCAAAAGAAGAAAAUUGCGAAGAUGGCUGCUAUUGGGGAGCAGAAGCGCCUUAAGAGCAAGAAGGUGCUUUCAGAAAAGAAGGCAUUUAGAAGAAGUCGAGAUAGCUGGGACUAGUGAACUGCUUUAUAAUUUUAGUGAUCUUGAGAUCAUAUAACUAUAAAUUGAUGAAAGGCAUCCACUUUUCCAUGGAGUUGUGGAAGGGAGUGGGGGGAGGUGGGGUUGCACAUCAGUUGAGUGAGGGGAAACUAAUUGUGGACACUUACACACAAACCCCUUCCAAGACCAGCCUAUCAGCCUGCUGGAAGGAUGUCAAGAGUGCCUUUUACAUGGUCUAGGUAAAAUUACCAAAUGUUUUGCAGAGUAAAUAGUCUCUUGAUGUUAGAUGACUGCUUUUAUAGGCUUUCCAACUGAUAUGAUUUAUACAUAUUGGGAGUUCGAUUUUUACCCA